AUGGAGCAAUCUUUACCCUUUGUUCUUAAUCCCUUGGAAGAUGAUGAUGAAAUUUCACUUUUGGAGUAUUUUCUACAGCUUUCGUUUUACACAACUGACUUACACAUUACAAAUUGCUGGAGCCUUUGUACAAAAGACGAAUUUGACUCAUUUAAGAACAGUACUUCUAAGGAAUUUGGUGGCUCGCUCGUUUCAUUUCUGUCUGAUAUGAAUAACCUUGAGCCUCCGCAGUCAUUUGAGAACUCUUCCAGCUCUAAAUUAUUAAACAUCGACUUCGAAAAACAACUUUUUGAAUACGGUGUCAUCUCUCCUCCGUCGGGAUUUCAAGCUAACCCUACUGGAACCUUUAGAAUGCUACUGUUCAAAGCUUCUCUUGGCCGCGUUUAUAGCUACUCACCAGACUCAAAGACUCCUCAGCAAGAGUUUGUCAAAAUGGACUUCCCUAGUGGGUUCAACACUCUAGAACUCGUGGUUAACAGCAACCCCAAGAGAUUUAACAGUUUAUACCGAUUUUCGAAUUCUUCUCAGGUGUUGCUUUAUGCAGCUGUUGAAUUUGAGUUCACACCCCUAAAAGUUCAGGUUCCAGAUCCAGUUUGUGAAAUGUGUGAGUCAUCAAUGGCGAAGUGGUACUGCCAUUCUGACAGGGCCCAUUUCUGCGAUGUGUGUGAUAUGAAACAGCACAGUAGUACAAGGAUAUUCUCUAGACAUGUAAGAAUCCCAUGCUCAAAAUCACCUAACCAAUUUGGACUUUGUGAGCAACAUCCAACAGAUGUUGUUGAUAUGGUUUGCUUAAAGUGUUGUACUCUACUAUGUAACAACUGUAUACUAUUUGGGAAGCAUAGUGAGCCUUCAUUUUUUGACCAUCCCCUCAUGUCAACUCUGGACACCUACGAUUUAUCUUUAGAGAAGAAUUCAGACUCCGACGAGAAACUGAAGUUUAGAAAGACACAAAUUUCCGAAAAGAUCAAAACCAGACACAAUUCUACAUCGCAGAUCUAUGCCAACUCGAAGGGCGUUGAAGAUAAAAUCGACUACUGCAAAAAGAUGAUACUUAAUCAGCUUGAUGAAAUGAAGUCUAAAAAAAUGAACUACCUAAAUUCAAUAAAACGUGAAGUUAACACUCAGAUAAAACUAAUUGAUUGGAUGCAGAGCUUUUUGCACCACUUGUUACUAUCUCUGGAACCUUGUCAGUUCAUAAUGUUUAAGAAGCGUUAUGACUUACUUGUGAAGAAGUACUUCACAAAGGAUUUGGCUGAUUAUCUCCAGUUUCCAAUUUGGAUGGGCAAGGAACUCACUCUAGUUGGUGACGCUAUCAUAAGUUCAAGUUCUGUAAGGGCUCUUUCACGUUCAUUUUCAAAUGCUUCUAACCAGUCUCUGGACUCCACUCCACUGGAAUCCAAUGCUCAGCCUGAAAUCAAUAGUAAUGAUAAGUUACUUGACUGGACUCCGCUAAACAUGUACGAAGAUUUCAACGAAACUGUAGGCCGAGUCACAAAACCCUCCACCGACAAGUCAGAUCCAGAUGUUACAUCUAACCAAAACAAUAUUGGGUCUACCAAAUUGGUUAAUAAGUCUCCAAAUGAAUUAGAUGUUCUGGAUACCGCAACUAAGCUCUGGCACUAUUUAUCAGAUUUUAAAAUGGGCACUUUAAUUCAACUCCUAAAGGUUGUUGAAGUGCCCGAUAGAAGUUUGCUGGUUCGUCAUCUACUGAAUUUAUCUAACCAUUUCGAGCAACUAGGAACUCUUUUUAACAACAUUUCAAAUUUUGAAAUGAAUAAUUCAUUGAAUGAUUUCGGUUACUGUGUUUUAUUACGCAGUAGUGGUGUUUUGGGUGACAUCUUGUCGUUUCUUUUCUGCUCAGACUAUUCGACGAAAGAGAAUUCAGAUUUUUUGAACCAACUCACUUAUCCUCUAGAUCACCAUUUUAACCUAUAUUUAAAUUCAAACACAGAUAACGAAGAUGUUUUGAACGAAAUGGUGGACAAUUGCAUGGUUGAGAUUGUUUUCAAACUUGUUAGUUUGGACGUUUCUUCUCUUCCUACAAGCUUUCAAUUUGUACUUUAUUCGCUUUCUGAUCUUUUCUUAAAGCUCAAGGUCGACUACAGGUCCUACGUUGUCGUGGAUUUCUUCUGCUCAGUUCUAUCCACAUACCUCCUUCGCUACUUAAACCACUACAAUUUAAGUGAUCUUUUCACCAACUUCAACACUAAAUCAGACACUGACCCUGAUAUGGACGAGAAAUACAACAAAUUCAAACAAUUUGUCAGAGAAUUGAGUUAUAAAUUUGGCAGGGCUGCCAUUGUUAUUUGGGAACUGGACUCCGUUACCCACAACGAGUCUUAUGAACUAAAGCAAUCUCAAAAGAUUUUUGAUUGGUGUCAAAAUGUGCUGAGUAAGCCAAGGCAGAAGACCAAGUUACUCCUAAAGUCUGUUUCUUCUCAGGAGCUUGAUGAGGGUUGCACGUUUGUUCUUUCCCAGGUUUCCAAAUUUGAAAGGAAAUUAAACUCUGGUGGAGAUUUCAUUCCAUUCAAAGACUCUAAAGAAUUCACUAAAAAAUACAACUUCAUGCACCUAUUUAGGAUGGCUAAUCAAAUACCCAUUUAA